AAGCUGUUGCAGCUGUUGAAUUAGCAGCGCAGUUUGGAAACAAGACCGGGGAACCGCUGCGUUAAGACACGAUAACAUAAGCACUUUGACCCGCUGGGUGUCACUUUAUUCAGCAAAAACUGUCGCGUCAUCAACAUCCUGUUUCUGUUACCAUCGUUCACUGUGUGUGAGGAGCCGGGAGGACGUAAAUAAACCAGCGUGGACUUCUUCUAUAUACCUCAUGAGAAAUGGGUGGCCAGGUGUCGUCAGUGGAGAGCGUGCACGUGGUGGUGGUGGGGGGGGGCUUCGGGGGCGUGGCGGCGGCUCAGCAGCUGAAGUCUCGGGACCUGAACUUCACUCUGAUCGACACGAGAGACGCGUUUCAUCACAACGUGGCCGCGCUGCGAGCGGCGGUGCAGCCCGGCCUCGCUCAGAGAACCUUCAUCCCCUUCAAGGACACGUUCGGAGACAGUUUCCUUCAAGGUCGAGUGGAACGAGUGGACGUGGACAGACAGACGGUCGUCCUGUGGGGGGGGAGGGAGGUCGGGUUCUCUCACCUCAUCCUGUGCACCGGCACCGACGGGCCGUUUCCUGGAAGCUUCACCUCGGAGGCGUCGAGUCAGAGCGGCGUCCGGGCGUACGAGGACUUCACCAAACAGGUCCAGGCUGCAGACUCUGUGUUGGUGGUGGGGGGGGGGUCCACCGGUGUGGAGAUGGCUGCUGAGAUCAAGACGGAGCAUCCAGAGAAGAAGGUGGUUCUGAUUCACUCCCGGAUCGCUCUGGCCGACCCGGAGCUGCUGCCCAGCGUCCGACAUCAGGCCAAAGAAGUUCUGCUGCAGAAAGGAGUGGAGCUGGUGCUGGGUGAGAAAGUGGACAACCUGUCGCAGCUGCAGCUCAACGUCACCAACAAGAACAUGGAGGUGACCACGGAGCGGGGGGGGACUCUGUCCACGGACCUGAUCGUCUGCUGCACUGGACAGAAGGUCAACUCUGCAGCGUACCACUCCAGCUUCUCCGCCAGCAUGGCCUCCAGCGGCGCUCUGAAGGUCAACCAGCACCUGCAGGUUCAGGGUUUCACCAACGUCUACGCCCUGGGCGACUGCACUGACGUCAAAGAGCCCAAGAUGGCGUACCACGCCCAACUGCACGCCGCUGUGGCUGUGAAGAACAUCGUGAGCAGUGUGAGGGGGGGGGAGCUGACGUCCUAUCACACAGGUAGCGUCACCAUGUUGCUGGCGAUGGGCCGGGACGCCGGCGUCGGCCAGUUCAACGGCUGGAAGCUUCCAGGAUGUGUCGUUGUUCUGGGGAAGAGUCGAGAUCUGCUGCUGGGGAAGAGCUGGAGGGAGAUGAAGCAACAACAACCCUGAGACACACACACACACGUUUGUACUUCAUGUUGUGCAUAAUGCAUUGAACAUGAUAUCAUAAAAUGGUGUGCCUUUCGCCAUUCAAUAAAUGUGGUCAUCAG